GCAUUUAACAGAGAAGCUUCAAUCUCUUUAAAGCAGCACGGUAUGAAAAUCAGCGGAGAAGUGGAGGGCAGACGCAUCACAGUCAUCAACACUCACCUGCUCCAGACCGAUCUCCCACAACAUCUGAUCACACAGCGAGUGAGAGAGUGCGUGUCUCUGUCUGCUCCGGGACCUCAUGUGUUUGUUCUCGUACUGCAGUAUAAGGACUUCACUGAGAAAGACAGACACAGAGUGAGAACCGUGCUGAACCUCUUCAGUAAACAGGCCGUGAAACACACUAUAGCGCUGACCACCGAUGAAGAGCCACACACAUCCAAACUGGCCUCUGUGAUAUGGAAUAAUGCUGUUUCCGAUUUAAUAAAGGAGUGCGGAGGAGGACGUCUACAGUUUGAUACAAUAAACCCAGGAUGGCGAUCCGAGUUGUUCAGAAAAAUAGAAAAGAUAUUCGAGAGGGAACACAGAAAAUUUCUCAUCUGUGACAUGAAUGAGGCUGGAGGUGAUGGAUCAUCGGUGGAUGAAGAUCAGAGCGUGUCUGGAGUUUCAGACGGAGUAGACAGCAAAGAGAAGGAUCCUGAUCUCAACGAGAGCACAAAAACAGCAAGUGAUGGAGGAGUGAUGCCUGCUGGAAAAGCAAAGCUGAACAUUGUGCUGUGUGGACAUAAUUCAACACUUAAGAACUCAGUGUCUAAGAUGUUUAGAGGCAAACCAAGUAAAUCUCAGAAAGAGAUGAGUAAAGUGUGUCAGACGAGAGAGGCGACGAUUCAUGGACGUCAGAUCAAGGUAAUAGAACUUCCAGCUCUCUCUCGGCUCUCAGAGGAGGAAAUGAUGCGGGAGACUCUCUACUGUCUGACUCUCUGUGAUCCUGGAGUUCAUGUCUUCAUCCUUGUUACUUCUGUCUAUCCACUUACAAAUGAAGACAGAGCAGAAAUGGAGAAGAUUAAAGGAAUAUUUAACUCUAAUGAGCACCUUAUGAUGCUUUUCAUUACUGAACGUGAUCAAAGUGUCAGAGAGUUUGUGAGUCUUUAUGAGAGCCGGUACAGUGUGAUUGGGUUAAAGGAUCAGAGAAACUCAGAAAAGAUCUUAGACCUGUUUGAUCAUAUAGAGACCAUGAAGACUGAACCCUAUUCAAUUCAGACGUACAUGAGAGUUCCAGAGAAGAGAGUCAGACAUGAACUAGAGGGGAAAUUAAGAGUGAAAGACAAUGAAAUCAAAGAGUUACAUCAGAAGAUCAAGACACUGGAGUGCGUGAAGCUGAAUCUGGUUGUGUGUGGGAGUAACAGAGGAUUAAAAUCCUUCAUCUCAGAGCUGAUCCUAAAUCAGAGCGAGAGAAGAUCAGAUUCAGAGUGUGUGAGGAGAGACGUGGAGCUUGAUGGAUGUCAGAUCAGUCUGGUGGAGCUUCCAGCUCUGUUCAACACUCAGCUCUCAGAAGAGGAAGUGAUGCGUCAGACUCACCGCUGUGUGUCUCUCUCUCAUCCUGGAGUUCAUGUUUUCAUCUUCAUCGUUCCUGAUGCUCCACUGACUGAUGAAGACAGAGCAGAAAUAGAGGAGAUCCAGAGGAUCUUCAGCUCAAGAAUCAACAAACAUAUCAUGAUCCUCAUAAAGCAGAACUCAGAUCAUCAGGCAGCAGAACUAAAUGAAGAAACACAGUCUGCCAUUCAGAGUUUAGGAGGUCGACAUCAUUUCAUUGACCUGAACACACAAGUGUCUGUGUUGAUGGAGAAACUGCAGCAGAUGGUUGAGGAAAACAGCGCUGUUUGUUUCUCCACAGAGACACUGAUGGAGGCACAGAUGGAAAAACUGCUGAAAUUUGAUGAAAUGAAGAGGAGAAUCCAUUCAUUAGAGACGUGGUUUCAAUCACAAGAUUCAAGAGACAGAGAAGAUGAACUGAGGAUUGUGCUUCUGGGAAAAACUGGAUCUGGAAAGAGUUCAACUGGAAACACCAUCUUAGGAGCAGUCAAGUUUGCAGCUGAAACAUCUCAAGAGUCUGUUACUACAGUGUGUCAUAGAGAGACAGCUGAAAUCAACAGCAGAAACAUUACUGUGAUUGACACUCCAGGACUGUUUGAUACUAAACUCAGCAAUGAAGAAAUCAAGAGAGAAAUCAGCCAAAGCAUCCCCAUGAUCCUGCCCGGACCCCACGUGUUCAUCAUUGUGCUCAAUUUAGGACAGCGGUUCACUCAAGAAGAGAAAACAGCGGUGAAGAUCAUUCAGGAGACGUUUGGAGAAAACUCUGUAAAGUACACCAUGGUGCUCUUCACCAGAGGAGACUUUCUGAAGAAGAAAACCAUUGAUCAGUUUCUGGGAGAACCUGGAUCAGCUUUGAAUCAGUUGAUUGAAGUGUGUGGAAACAGAUACCAUGUGUUCAAUAACGAGACUAAAGACCAAACUCAGGUGACUGAUCUCCUGCAGAAGAUAGACAACAUGGUGAAAGAGAACGGAGGGAGUUACUACUCAUGUAAGAUGUUCAGAGAGAUGGAGAGAGAAAUACAAGAACAACAAAAGAACAUACUGAUGGAGAGAAUGGAGAAACUAAACAGAGAAAGAGAUGAACUGAUGAACAAACAUGAAGAAGAAAAAGAGAGGAUGAGGAUGAAGAUGGAGGAAGAUAGACUGAAAAGAGAAGAAAAGUAUAAAAAGACACUGAAGAAAGAACGAGAGGAAUGGGAGAAACAGAAACAACAGGAACGACAAAGAAGAGAAAUAGAGGAUGAGGAAAGGAGAAAGAAAGAACAGGCGAUGUGGGAUGAACAUAAUCAGAGACUUAAAGAAGAGAGAGAGAGAAUGAAGAUGAUUAUGGAUGAAGAAAGAGGGAAUCAUGAUAAAGAGAGAAAGAGAAGAGAAGAAGAGGAUGAGAGAAGGAGAAAGAUAGAUAGGGAAAUAUGGGAUGAAUAUUACCAGAAACUUAAACAAGAGAGAGAAAGAAGCGAGAGAGAGAGAGAAGAUCUUCAGAUAAAACACAGAGAGAGAAUGAAGGAAAUGAUCAAGGCAGAAAGACAGAAUCAUGACAACGAGAGAAAAAGAAGAGAAGUGGAAUAUAUAAAAACUGAAAAAGAAUAUAAAACAAGCAUUGAAGACUUAGAGGAUCAAGAGAGAAAGAUACGAGAAGAGAUGAAGAAAGAACGAGAGGAAUGGGAGAAACAGAAACAACAGGAACGAGAAAGAGAAGAAGAGGAGAAGGAGAAAAUGAAAAGUAAUAAACUUUAUACAGAAACUCCUGAGUUUCAGCACAUAACCGAUGAUGAAUGGUCUGCAUCAGAUUCAGGAUGUUUGAGAAUCUUGCUGUUUGGGAGGACAGGAAGUGGAAAGUCUGCAACGGGAAACACUAUCCUCAGAAAAAAUGAGUUUGAUAGUAAAGACAGCUCACGUUUAGUGACCACUGUUUGUCAGAAGGGAACCGGUGAAGUGGAUGGUCGGUCAGUUGAUGUUAUUGAUACUCCAGGACUCUUUGACCCCUCACUGACAAAAGAACAAGUGCAAAGAGAAAUAAUGAACUGUAUUUCUCUUUCGGCUCCUGGACCUCAUGCGAUCAUCAUUGUGCUGAGUGUGGGGAGAAUCAACAAAGAGGAGACAGAUGCUUUAGACACGAUCAAGAUGAUCUUUGGCCCAAAAACAGCAGAUUUCUGCAUCGUUCUCUUCACUAGAGAAGAGGAUCUGAAAGGACAAACCAUAGAACAAUAUGUAGAGAAAAGUAAAAAUUCAGAACUUAAGAACCUGCUGAAAGACUGUAGAAACAGAUUCCUGGCUUUUAACAACAGAGAAACAGAAGAUCAGACGCAAGUCACUCAUCUGUUCAGAAUUGUAGAAGAGAUAAAUCAGGGCCAACAUUUCACUAGUGAGAUGUUUGAGGAGGCAGCAGGUACCACUGAACAAAUAAGCGAAAUGAUAAGUGAGAAUGAAAGACAAAAUCAGGCUCAAGUUGAAGUAUUUGAAGCCAAAUAUGACACGGAAAUCAAACGAAUAAGGAAGAGACUGGAGGAAAAGAAACAAAGAGCAGAUGAGGAAAGAGAGAGACUGAAGAACAAGUUCAGAGAAACAGAAGAAAAGUUCAGGAGAGUGUUUGAAGCGAAUGAAGAAUCAGAUCAGAAGAAACGAGAGACAGAGGAUAAGAAACGAUCAGAAGAAGAGGAACAGCGGAGAAUUAAAUAUAAUAAAAGAAUAGAGGAGAUGGAGAGAGAGGCUGAAGAUCAGAGAAUACAGUAUGAACAAGAGCUAAAAGAAAGAGCAGAAGAAGAGAGGAAGAGAGAGGAAGAAUAUAAACAAGAUCAAGUAAAAAUGAAAAAUCAUCAUGACCAGAUUAUAGCAGAAUUACAGAUGAAACAUGAAGAGGCAAUAAAAAGGAGAGAUUUAGAGAAACAAAUGAUGAAGAAACAAGAAGAAAAAGAGAGAGAAGAAUGGAGGAGAAAAAUAAAAGAGGCUGAAAAUGACUCAAAAGAGACUCAAGAAAAUAUUGAACACCAGCACAGAGAAUGGGAGGAAGAGAAGAAACGACAUAUGAGAGAACGAGAGAAAGAGGAAAGAGAGAGAAAAGAGAGACACAAGAACCAGCUGAGAGAGAAACAAGAAGAACUGGAGAACGAGAAACAAAGAUCUGAAAGAGAGAGAGAAGAAGAAGAGCACAACAGAGAAGAGAAAGAACAGAAACAGAUAAGAGAGAGAGGACAGAAAGAGAGAGAAUGUGAAGAAAACAUACAAGAAAUGAGGAGACAUCAUGAGCAGCUGGAGCAAGGGAGAAAAGAGGAGAGGAAGAGAAGAAAAAGAGAGGAUGAAGAGAGACGAGUGGAGAAGAAGAAGAGAUGGGAGAAAAUGACGAAAGAUCUGAAACGAGACCAAGAGGAGGAGAUCAAGAGAAGAGAAAGAGAGGAGAGAGAAAGAAUAGACAGAGAAGAAAAAGAGUGUGACGAAAUCAUACAGAAACUUGAAGCAAACGUAAAGAAGAUGAGGCAGGAAUCUCAAGAGGAAGCCAGAAAACUAAGAAAAGAAUUGAAUCGUUUGAAAAAAAGAAGAGAGCAGCACAUGCAGGAUCUCCAGGAGAGACUUGAACAACUAUAUGAAGUCAAAAGAUUAAGAAAGGAACUAAACGAUAAAUGGUCGUGUUGUGUUAUGUGAAACAUUUGAAAAAUAACUAUCAAACUAUCUUCACUGGAUAUGGACUAACACAAACUAAAUUAAACUUUCAGAAAGUACAUCAGAAUAAUUGGCGUGUCAAAGAAAAAGUGAUCAUUUAGCCAAUACGCCAGGCUCAUAUUUGGCUUCCCUGCUGAAAGAGAGCUUUGAUUCAUUAAAUAUGUAUCAAAGAUUUACACACCUUCAAAAAAAAAAAAAAAAAAUGAAUUGAAAAUGCUUGCUUGCUUUGUUUUGAUUAUUAAUUAAAAAUGUAAGAAAAUGGCUAAAUAGGCUUAUAGUUAAAAAGAAACUUUGAAACCUUACUUUUGUCAUGUUUUUUGCCACUUAUUGUGAAUAGAUCAUUUGAUUGAUUAUAAUAAACGUUUGUGUGUUAAAUUUAAUUAAUAACCUCACUUAUAAUCAGCUGACGCAAAUUUAUUGAGUAAAUAUAGCGAAUCACUUUUUAGUAUUUUCAAAAAUGGUCAAAAUGUAUUUUGUAGAAAAUAUAUUUACGUAAAAAAAUAUAUAAUCUAAAAUAAAUUUGAAACUAAAUGCAUUUCAAAAUGUAUUUUAGCAAAUAUUUA